AUGGAGGAAGGCGAUUUUGAUCAACGUCUUAGGGAUUUACAAAGAGAAUAUCUAGAGUUUUUAGAUGAUGAAGAAGACCAAGGCAUAUAUAUGGAAAGAGUAAAACAAAUGAUAACGGAAAAAUCGAAGCGAUUAGUUGUAAACAUAAAUGAUCUAAGAAGAAAAAACCCAGCUCGUGCCAAAAACUUACUAGAGAGUGCAUUUGAGGAGCAGAUCGCAUUUCAAAAAGCACUCAAAGAAUAUGUGUCUUCCAUAGACCCCACAUAUGCUAAAGAGCAAGAAGAGUUUUUUGUAGCCUUUUCUGGAAGUUUUGGAACAAAACAUGUAACUCCAAGAAGUUUGACUUCACGGUAUUUAGGCAACCUAAUAUGUGUGGAAGGGAUUGUAACUCGAGUGUCUUUGGUGCGCCCCAAAGUAGUAAGAAGUGUACACUACUGCCCAGCAACAAAAAAGGUUAUGGAACGCAAGUACACAGAUUUAACUUCAUUUGAAGCCUUCCCUUCUUCUGCUGUGUAUCCUACUAAGGACGACGAAGGUAAUCCUCUUGAAACAGAAUAUGGCCUAUCAAGGUACAAGGAUCAUCAGACACUGACAGUUCAAGAAAUGCCUGAAAGGGCUCCCGCUGGUCAGUUGCCUCGCAGUGUUGAUGUAGUGUGUGAUGAUGAUCUUGUGGACAAGUGCAAGCCUGGAGACAGGGUGCAAGUUGUAGGAAAUUAUCGGUGCUUACCAUCCAAACAAGGGAGCUUUACAGCUGGAACCUUUAGAACCAUUCUUAUAGCCAACAAUAUAACACAAAUCAACAAGGAUGCAAAUCUAAACAUCACAAUUGAAGACAUCAAGCUGUGCAAGCGUCUUGCCAGACGUACAACUACCGAUAUGUUUGAAUUGCUUAGCAAAUCACUUGCUCCAUCUAUUCAUGGACAUGAUUAUAUUAAAAAGGCCAUAUUGUGUUUGUUACUGGGUGGAAUGGAGAAAAUUUUACCUAAUGGCACUAGGUUGAGAGGCGACAUUAACAUCCUGUUGAUUGGUGACCCUUCGGUGGCGAAGUCUCAACUACUGCGAUAUGUGUUACUGACUGCGCCACGUGCUGUCACCACCACGGGUCGUGGUUCUUCGGGCGUCGGACUUACCGCAGCCGUUACCACUGACCCUGAGACUGGAGACAGAAGGCUGGAAGCGGGUGCUAUGGUGUUAGCUGAUCGUGGUGUAGUCUGUAUCGAUGAGUUUGACAAGAUGUCGGACAUCGACCGCACGGCUAUCCACGAGGUGAUGGAACAAGGGAGAGUCACCAUUGCUAAGGCUGGGGUGCAUGCUGCAUUGAAUGCCCGUUGCUCAGUGUUGGCUGCUGCCAACCCUGUUUAUGGGAGAUAUGACCAGUACAAGACACCUAUGGAAAAUAUUGGUCUUCAAGAUUCCCUGCUAUCUCGUUUCGACCUCCUGUUCGUGAUGCUGGACAUCGCGGACGCUGAUCACGACAACCUCAUAUCUGAACAUGUGUUACGGAUGCAUAGAUAUAGAAAUCCAAAAGAACGAGACGGCGAGGUGCUGCCAAUGGGUUCAACAGUAGAAAUGCUCUCAACGGAAAACCCUGACAAUGAAGAUAUCGAUGAAACAAACGAUUCCAUAUAUGAGAAAUACGACCCUCUCCUACACGGAAACACCAGAAACAAGAAGGAUCAGAUUUUAAGUACUAAGUUUAUGCGCAAAUUCAUUCACAUCGCCCGUCUUAUGAAACCCAAGUUGACUCAAGAUGCAUGUGAUGUAAUUGCGGACGAAUACGCAAAGCUGAGGAACCAAGAUAUGAUGGAUAGUGAUUUGGCUAGGACACAACCGGUGACAGCUCGUACUUUGGAGACUCUGAUCCGGUUAGCGACGGCGCACGCGAAAUGUCGACUUAGCUUCCAAGUGACGCAGGACGAUGCACUUGUCGCAAUCGAAUUGUUGCAUUACGCGUACUUUAAAAAGGUGCUGAUAAAAGAGAAACGUCGCAAGCGACGCGCGUCUUCGGCUGACGAAGGUGCGACAUCUGAAGGUGAACGCAGCAAACAACCGCGAGCCAAGAAGACGCGCACGGAGAAAGGAGAAAGCGCAGAUCCAUAUGAAUUCUCAUCAGAUGAGGAGGCUGAGCCAAUGCUCCGCGCUGCUCAUUCGACACAACCUGAAUCUUCGCAACGGGUCACCAGGUCUACUCCAAAAGUUAUAGAUUCUAACCGAUUAACACACUUCAAGUCGGCUCUCCAACAAUUAUUCCGGGAGGAGCGAGCAAACUCAUUGCCGCUGCACCAAAUCACAACAUACGUUAACGAGAAGUACUCGCAUCAGAUCUUUGAAUCUGAUGAAAUCCAUGCAGCACUUGAUCGCAUGACUCAAGACAACCAGGUCAUGAUGGCGGAUGACAUAGUUUUCCUAAUUUAA